AUGGCAAGCCGCUCCUACCGCAUCAACUCCAAUUGUGGGGCCAGAAAUUUCAGUUCCUACUCCGCAGUCAUGCCCAAGCCUGGGGCCCACAGCUGCAUCAGUGCCAUGGCCUACCAUAGCGGGGACAGUCCUGUGGGGCUGGGUUACAAGCGCUUGGGGGGCUUUGGCAGCAGGAGCCUGUGUUUGGUGGGGUCUCCUCGGAUUGCAGUGAGCUGCAGACGGCCCUUAUGCAGUGGGGGCAGCUUUGGCUACCGGGCAGGGGGCCUUUGCUGGCCCAGUCCCCCCUGUAUCACCACUGUGACAGUCAAUGAGAGCCUCCUUACGCCCCUCAACUUAGAUAUUGACCCUAAUGCACAGGGCGUGAAGCACGAGGAGAAGGAGCAGAUCAAGUGCCUCAACAACAAGUUUGCUGCCUUCAUCAACAAGGUGCGCUUCCUGGAGCAGCAGAACAAGCUGCUGGAGACCAAGUGGCAAUUCUACCAGAAGCGCAAGUGCUGCAACAGCAAUCUGGAGCCAAUCUUCAGUGGCUACAUCGAGACACUAAGGCGGGAGGCUGAGCACGUGGAGGCCAACAGCGGGAGCCUGGCCUCAGAGCUCAACCAUGUGCAGGAGGUGUUGGAGAGCUACAAGAAGAAGUAUGAAGAGGAACUGGCCCUUAGGGCCACAGCUGAGACUGAGUUCGUGCUGUUGAAGAAGGACAUAGACAGUGCCUAUCUGGGCAAGGCGGACCUGGAGGCCAAUGUGGAGUCACUGAGGGAGGAGACCAUCUUCCUUCAGUCCCUCUAUGAGCAGGAAAUCUGCCAUCUUCAGUCACAGAUCUCUGAAACCUCAGUCGUAGUGAAAAUGGACAACACCCGGGAGCUAAACAUGGACAUGGUUGUAGCUGAGAUCAAGGCUCAGUAUGACGAUAUUGCUGGCCGUAGCCGGGCUGAGGCCAAGUCCUGGUAUCAAACUAAGUGCAAGGAAGUGAAGGCCACAGUGGACCAGCAGGGUGAGAACCUCCGCAAAACCAAGGAAGAGCUCAACGAGCUGAAUCGAAUGAUCCAGAGGCUGACGACGGAGGUGGAGAAUGCCAAGCAGCAGCGCUGUAAGCUAGAGGCUGCCAUAGUGGAGUCAGAGCAGCAGGGCGAGGCAGCCCUCACUGAUGCCCGCUGCAAACAGACUGGGCUGGAGGAGGCCCUGCAGAAGGCCAAGCAGGACAUGGCCUGCCUGCUCAAGGAGUACCAGGAGGUGAUGAACUCCAAGCUGGGCCUGGAUGUGGAGAUUGCCACUUACCGCAAACUGCUGGAGGUCGAGGAGAGCCGGUUGUGUGAAGGCGUGGGCUCAGUCAAUAUCUGUAAGUAG